AGCACCUCCGCCCUUGGACCGUGGCGGGAUAUUUGAGUCCCGGACGGUUAUGGUCAGGUAUGGGUUUACUACUCAAGAUAAGUCGUUUUCACCGUCAAAAAGCUAUAGUCGAGUAUCAUGUAUGAGAAAGUCACCCAUAAAAGGAAAAUGUCGAAGCUUGUCUGCCCUAGCCCUCCCAAAAUUGACUGACACUGGUCAUUUUAUUUCACUAACGGCAUGCUGUGUGCAAGUAGAACCUUUGAGUUCACUUCCAGUUGAGUACGCUUCAGCAGUGACUAGGCCAUGCUCAAUAGUCUGCGAGGUAGCAUCGAUUCUGAAUCAAGAAGAGGAUUUUCAAAUACAAAUAGACGACCCUGUUAACGUAGAAUGCCGCAUAUCUCUCCCUGUUCUGCCACUGUCCCUUCAGGACUAUGCAUCUCCUGAACCCAGCCUUGUACCUGACAGUAUUCCUAUGUUCACUAAUAUCACCGGGGGUCGAACAAUUUGGUGAACUCUAUUCAAGUCGUAAAUGGAACAUUAUAGACUAAGCUCCUGUUCGUUUGCUUGGAAUAGACAAAAUGAUCUCUUCUGAUUAUGUCUUUUCUUUGUGGUUGCAUUGAUAAUAUUUCGUGACUUUUCUGGUUGGUAAGAAUUUUGUAAAUAAAUACUUCGUGUUAGUCAUG